UAAAAUAAAAUAAAAUAAAAUAAAAUAAAAUAAAAUAAAAUAAAAUAAAAUAAAAUAAAAUAAAAUAGUUUUCUCUAAUCUUUGUUUAAUUAUAACACAUACUACACUAUUGACUAUCAAUCCAAUACCCAAAUUUAAUAAUCCACUAACUCUAUUUCAAAAUGUCUUCAGGAAAACCAACCUACGAUGAUAUAGAAGGAGCAUUUUCUUCUGAUGAAGCCUUUGGCGUUGCAAAGAUUGCCACCUCUGGAAAGAAUAAUGAAUUCAUACAUAUUGGCGAUCAGAAAUUUCACAAAGUUGAAUUCAUGCAAGCAUUUGCUGGUACUUUAAAUCCAGGUAUCAUGGCCCCACCAACUCAUAAAUUCGCCAAUCCUGCUCCAUUAGGUUUAUCUGCUUUUGCUUUAACUACAUUUGUAUUGUCUAUGGUCAAUGCUAGAGCAAUGGGUAUACACAAUCCAAAAGUUGUAGUUGGUUUGGCUUUCUUUUAUGGUGGAUUUAUUCAAUUGUGUGCUGGAAUGUGGGAGAUUGCUGUUGAGAACACAUUUGGUGGAACUGCAUUGUCUUCAUAUGGUGGAUUCUGGAUGUCAUAUGCUGCCAUACAAACAGAUGCAUUUGGAAUUGCUUCUUCAUAUGAUGAUGAGACAGAGUUGGCUAAUGCCAUAGCUUUCUAUCUUUUAGGUUGGACAAUAUUUACUGCCAUGAUCACUGUUUGCACUAUGAAGUCAACAGUUGCUUUCUUUGGAAUGUUUUUCCUUUUAACAAUUACUUUUUUGCUAUUAACCAUCGGCGAUUUCACAAGAAAUGAAAACUGUACUAGAGCAGGAGGUGUACUUGGUGUUAUUGUUGCAUUUAUGGCCUGGUACAAUGCUUAUGCUGGUAUUGCUACUCACGAAAACUCUUAUUUACCCAUUAAACCAUGGCCAUUGACAAAAUCAAAAAAAUAA